GUUUAAAGCGUGCGUUACAACUCGGUAUAUUGUAAUUGCUUACCAAAAAUUAAUAUCUGUUAUUUGGAAAACAACAGAGGGAAUUCAACGACAGAGUGUGUUGUCGUGAAGGAAAACAAUUUUUCAGAAAAGAAAAAAACGAUGCAAUUUUUCAGAUGAAUAAUCAAUCUUGUGAAUUUUUAUCAAACUAUCCAUCAGUUAAUUAUAAUAACAAUAACAAUAAUAUUACUACUGUUACACCAUUUAUUGGUGAGACAACAACAACAACUACAGCUACCACGGCUGCUGUCACCAUUAGUAAUAAUAAUAAUAAUAAUAAUAAUAAUACGAGUAAUAACAAUGAAGCAAAAUCUAUUCAAUUGCAUAAUCUUCCACCACUUGAGAUUCCCAAAUCUUUAAGCCAUCUUAAUAUUCCCUCAGUGUGUGUAACACGAAAACUUAUUUGGUACAAUCAAAAGGAAGUAGCAGAACUUUUACUAGGAGCAUAUGUACACCCAGAUUGGCUUUCACCAUUUGUUCAUGUACGCCCUAGAAAUGGUUCUGUUAUUUUCUAUCGACGCGAAUUGGCCACCUUAGCACGUAAACAAGAUGGUUAUCUAUGGCAAAGGAAACCAAGUCGACGUACAACCAAAGAAAUUCAUAUGGUUCUUAAGGUUCAAGGUAUUGAGUGUAUCAUCGCUAACUAUGCACAUUCCGCUUUGAUUUCUACAUUUCAUCGUAGAACUUACGCACUGAGAUUUAAUCCUUCUAUAGUAUUAUUUCAUUAUUUAAAUGUACCAGCAUUAACUUAUGAUAAUAAACUUUGUCUACCAUUACAAAAUCUAAGUGAAUCGGAUCGUUAUAGAAUGUCAUAUAUUCAAAUUGUUGAUCAAUUAGUACGUAUGUUUGAUAAUUUCCCAAAACAUAUCAUGAAGCCUGGUGUUGAUCAAGUUUUGAAUUUCGACUUAUCUUUCUCCAGUUUAAUUCGUCUUCUUGCCGAUCAAAUUUGGAUGGCGCCUGUAUAUUCUUCUAAUCCGUCUUUAUUCCAGUCGCUAUCGUCGUCUUCAUCUUCCUCCUCCUCCGCCUCGUCGGCGUCGGCGGCGGCGGCGUCAGCGUCAUCAUCAACAGCAGCAGCAGCAACAACAACAACAACAGCAUCCUCAUCAACAGUACUUCCUUCACAUAAUCUCUAUGGGAAUAUUUCGAAUACUGUAAAAGGCGCUUAUCCACAACAAUCCGAUAUCAAUCAACAAGAUAAUAAUAAUAAUAAUAUAUUUCUUCUUAUUACUCCAAAAUUAAAUAAUAAUUCACAGUCACAAGUGGAAUUUAUUAUUUCUAGGGAUAAAUCGAAUCGUAGAAAAUCGCCUACAGAUUAUUUCUGUGGAUAUCAAUUAUCAGAUGGUGUAUCAUAUAAUGAUGGUAAUAAUGGCAAUAAUAACAAUCAGAAUAACAUUCCAUACACACUUAACUGCUCAAUAACAACACCCGUUGGACAUUGUCAAAAUAGUGAAUUUUCAAAGCAUAAUAACAAUAAUAAUAAUAAACAUAAUAUUAGUAAUGACUAUCCAAAUGAAAAUGAUGUAAAUCAAAUAAUAUUGACCAAUAAUGAUGUAACUACUGCUAGUAAUACGAAUGAUCAUACCGAAGAAUCAUCAUAUAAUCUCUUAUCUGAUGUUCUAAUCAAUUGGACGGAUAAUUAUUAUCAGUAUGCCUCUUCAACAAGUUGUUACAAGGAUAUUGAUGAUGAUGAUGACAUUGUCACUGAUGAUGGUGAUGUUGGCGGUCGUCAGCAAGACAUCGAACAUGAUGUUCAUCCCUACAAUGAGAACUACCAUCACCACCAUCAGAGUAGUAGUAGUAAUGAAACAGAUUCACUCAUAACAUGUCAAGAUAUUGGUUUCUCUGAUGAUUUGCUCAAUUUUACUGAUUUAAUGACUACAACAACAACAUCAUUGUCACUGUCACUGUCACCACCACCACGACCAUCCAGAGAAACAACACCUCUGCCAUUAUAUCUUUCUGCGUAUACUGACGAGGAUCUAAGUCUUUUAUCAAAUGAAUUGAUGGUGAGUAAUGAUACUGCUACUACUACCACUACGACUGUUGCUGCUCCUGCUGCUGCUGUUGGCAAUGACAAUGAAAAGGAUGUCGGUGAUGUGAUGCAUGGAAUGAAUGACACUGAUGAUCACUACUAUUGUAUACCGACGAAUUAUAAUCCUGUAGAACAACUAUCCUCGUUUGAUUCAUCGCAUGAUUCAUAUACUCAAGAGUAUAUCAAUGAGGAUAAAAUCUUAUCAGUUGAUUUCAAUGUUCAUACAAUAUCUAAUAGUGAUAGAUAUACUGUUCAUAUUGAUCAUGGUAAUGCUAAUACUACUAAUAAUAAUGAUAAUGGUAAUACAAUCAAUACCAGUAAUAAUGCCAAUACUAAUCGUGUUGCCGGUGCUGUAAGCAUGACACAAAACAAUAAAAAUGUUUGGUCAUCGAAUCGUUGGUUCUCUCCCAUGACAAAUGAUUACAACUGUCUUGUCAACCAAAGUUUUGAUUGUGAUGUACAAAUUGCUCCCAAUCCGAAUGAACCUCUGCGUAAUUCCGUCAGCAUAGAUAGUGAUCAACGUUUAAACAUCAGUGCACAUUGUGGGACUGAUGAACGGGCUUUAUCGAAAUUGAAACUUUCAGGUGAUCUAUUACGCUGGAUAGUGUUCAUUCGUUUCAGUUCCUUAGCACCAGAUAUACAUUUAUCAAUUGAAAGUGAAGAUGAAUUCAUUCUACUACCAAAUCAUAAAUCAAGAAUAUUUAAUAAAUCAUCAUUUGAUUAUGAAACAAAUAGUAAUAAUAACAAUAGUAAUAAUAAUAAUCCUAUGCUAAAGUAUAUUUCAUUAUCAUCACCAUCAUCAUCAAUGCCUUCAGAAGAUGUACAUUCCGAAGAGAUUUAUGAUCCAACGCUUACAAACUAUUUAACAAGUAAUUUUGAUGAUUAUCCUAAGUUGAAUAUACCAAUUCGAUGUGAUCGAUGCAUGGAUAAAUUAGAGUUAUAUUUAACUCUACAAUUAACGGAAUGGAUUAAGAAAAUGGAUUACACAAAUCAAUUUAAUGAGAAUGAACGCAACAGUAGAACAGAUCAAACAGCUGUAAAUUAUUUAUUAGAAGCUGAAAAUCAAUUCAAUGGAUCAAAUAUCCAGUUAUUACAAGAACAAGUUGCUUCAUUGAAAACAGAUAUGUCAUUGUUAAGUUGUGCAGCUGCACUGGGUUACUCUGAGCUUAUACUAGGACUUUUACAAUGGGCUGUACGCAGUUAUUGUAAUCAGUCGAUGUCAUUCUUCAUUGAUAAUGAUAAUACUACUACAAGUACUAUACCGAAAUCUGAUGUAGAUACUGAGCUGUGUAGAAUUUUAUCUCUACUUCAUGACUUAACUCCAAGCAAUUCUAUGUCUCUGAAUCAUCCUGUCUUAACACCACUUGCAUCAGCUAUCCUAUAUGAACAAAUAGUGACUACACGAUUCUUAGUUGUAUGGGAUCCAGAAGCUCUUCACAGACCGUGUUUAUACAAUUCAUCAUUUAUGUCUUCUUCAAAACUGGAUGGUGAAUUCACACCGAAAGAUUUGGCAUUAGCUAUACAUAGUGAAUUAAUGCAAAAUUGUAUUGAACAAUUAGAAUAUCAGUAUUUUUCCAAUUCACAAAAUUAUAAAACAGACACGCCUGUGAUCAAAUUAGAAAGACUUCUUAAUUAUGCAGAAACAUUAGCGUCGCCAUCAUCAUCACCAGCACCAGCACCACCCCCAGCACCACCACCACCAACAUCAUCAUCAACAUCCUCGUCAUUAUUAUGGUUAUCUUCUGGCCUGCAGCAUUUUGAUGAUCCUAUUGAUCUAAGUGAAAUUGAUCUAAUGUCUAAUGCUAUUCCAUUACUGGAUAAUGAAGCAACUGGAAUUUCUGGUGGAAAUAACUCACAUUUCUCCACAGUCGAUGGUACUGUCGGUGUAAAUUUGCCAGAGUCAUCAUCCUAUCAUCAGUCUUCCGCAGUAAAUCGCAUGUCUAGUAUAGAUUGUCAACCAAAAGAAUAUGAUACCUUGUUAGAUGAAUAUUAUCCUAAUCUAACGGAUACUUCGUCGAAAUUGACGACGACGACGACGACAGCUAAUCAACUGCCGCCAGAGAAUCUAGAGAAUAUUGAACCUACUGACGAUGAUAAUAAUAGUAAUAAUAAUAAUAAUCUAUAUAAUACUGUACACAAUGAAACUUGUCAAGAAAGCGUUUUCAGUGGAAAUAUGAUUGAUGAACAAUUGUAUCGUGGGAAUAUUUAUGCCUGGCGUAAACAUUCCCAACAACAACAACACCAUCAUUACCAUCAUGCUCCUCCUCAACAUCAUCAUCACCGCCAUCAUUAUCAUUAUCAUCGUCGAUUUGACUCCGCCCCAUUGUAUGCUAGUGUAACCAAUCUGAUGAAAGAUGAUCAUUCACAAAUGUUUUGUCUAGCUGACAGGAUAAUUGAAGCUAUGCCAAGGCGAAUUGUUAAUUUACACAAUCAAGAUUGUGAUAAUUUAUCAACUUGUGGUAGUGAUAAUAACAAUGAUAACGAUGAUGACGAUGAUCAUGAUGAUGGUGCUGUGGGUGAUGCUGGUGAUGUCGUUGUUGACGAAGAAGACUUCUGUUCCUCAUCUAUACAAUUUUCUGAUUCAGCUUUAGGUGAAAGUAUCGUGUUAAGUCGUGCUCCAGUUGACCAGCAUAUAUCCCAUUCAUCAAUAUUUCGUUAUGAACCUUCAUCGUCAUCGUCAGCUGCUGCUACUACUACUGACAAUUAUACUACUAAUGUUGGUAAAUUGACUAACACAACAACAACAGCAGCAACAACUAGGCAGUAUCCAGUGAAAAUUUUAUCAAAUAUACCAAGUAAAUCGAUAAGUCAUCAUCAUUAUCAUUAUCAUCCUAAGAACAAGUCAAUCGGUUCAUCAUUUAACUCUUUGCCAUCGAAACGACCAUAUCCUGAUGAUAAUAAUAGUAAUAAGUGUUUAACAACACCAUAUGAUCAUUUUAGAUAUCGAUAUAGUCAUAAUAAUACUGCUACUACUGGUACUACUACUAAUAAAGCUAAUCAUCGAUUAAAAAGUGCUUUAUUAAGUUUUCAUGAACCGUUGAAUCGUCGAAGAUUUCAUCUAUCUGCUGUUCAACAAUUCAAGAGUAAAUAUAAACCUUUAUAUAACAAUAGUAAUAAUAAUAAUAAUGAUAAUGAUAAUUUUGACACGGAUGAUGUAAUCAGUUUCGAGUCAACUUCACAUGAACCUGAAAUCAUCACAUCGAAUUCAAUAUUCAACACAACACCAUUAAGCUCGAAUAGUUUUAUCAGUUCUGAAUUGUUGACUGGUUGUGGUUGUGGUGGUGGUGAUGGGGGUAUUUCCUCCUAUGAAAGUGAUUAUGAUUAUUGGUAUAAUUGUCAAGGCAGAUCAUUGAGUGCAUUCAGCCUGAUGAAUAGUAGUAGUCCACCCCCGUCGACAGCUCAAAUAGCUGAACACUUUAAUGCUGUACCAGAUCAAUUUAUGGAGAAUGAUUUAAGCCGACUGACACUGUCGGAUCAAGAACAGAAACGUUUAUAUGAAGCAGCUAAAAUUAUACAAAAAUAUUAUAGAGCUUAUAAAAAGCAUAAUCAAUCUAUGGUGCAUGGUAAUAACAGCAACAAUAACAGUAACAAUUGUAAUAAUAGUAGUAACAAUCAAUCAAUGUCGAAUUGCCCUGCUAAUGAUCCUUAUUCUACAAGUGUAUGUGAUAUCCAAUGUUGUAAUCAGGUUGUGGAACAAAUUGCUACGAAUACUGGUGGUGUUGUUGUCUCUCCUACUCCCACUGCUACUACUGCUGUUGCUGUUGAUUCUUCAAUGAAACACGAAUGGAGUGUUGCUGAUGAUGAUGAUGCUCUGUUAAGUUUUGAAAAUGAUACCUCUGUUGGUUUAGAAGUUGAAAUAGAAACCUCCUACGACAAUACAUCAAUUGGUAAUAAUAAUAACAAACCACAGCAACCUUCAUCAUCAUCAUCACUGAUAGACGGAUCUGAUUUCAACUGUUGUCUACAGGCAACAAGUAAUAACUUUACAAAGUCUAUUCCAAUUUCUACAAUGAAUUCAUCUACUUCAUCCCAACCACAGCCGCCCCCGCCACCGCCACCGCUGCCACCACCUUCAUCCAGUACUGGAGGGACAUGCAGUAAAGAAAUUGAAGCUGCAAUCAUUAUUCAAAGUUAUUAUAGACGUUAUAAACAGUAUGCAUAUUAUAAACGUCUAUGUCAAGCUGCAUUGUUAAUUCAGAAUCAAUAUCGUUGGUAUAUAAAUCAUAAGAAGAAUAAUGGUAAUGUUACAGCAUCAUCAUCAUCAUCAACAGCAGCAGCUGCUACUGCUAGUGGUAAGCUUAGAAAACCAAGACCAAGUCAAUGUAAUAAUCCACGAUACAGGACUAUGUGUACACGUAAACCAAAAGUUACUACAAAUACUGAUGUGAAUAUCGGUGUUCGUCUACGAAAACCUUUGCUGACAGUUCCCGGAUCAGUAAGACAUCGAUCUGCUGCGGCUUGGUUAUCUCCAUUUAACAAACCUUCUUAUCAUCACCUAUCACCUUUAGUUACUGGUGGUGGUGGUGGUGGGACGAUGGGUUCACAUUCGAUGACACCUUCACGUUUCAUUUGUUUUGAAGAGCAUUUAAUUGAAUCUUAUGAUAAUAAACAACAAAUACUAUUUGAAUAAUUCUUCAAUAAAUAAAUAAAUAAAUAAUAUUUACUAUAUAUUUAUAUUUAUAUAUAUGCACAAUCCUUUUCCUCUUUCUCCGUCUCUCUGACUCCUUCU